AUAGCAACCCCACACACUCCCUCUUCACUCUUCAGCCACCCAUCAAACCCAACGUUGCGUAACCGUAAGCUUAAGUUCCCCUUCUUCACAUGCAAACUCAUCUCAUCAUAUAUACUCUUCCAUCCAAUUCCAUCUGCUUCUACCUCUCUUCACAUAAUUCUAAGCUAAACCCACCUUCUCAAUUCUCUCCCUCUCCCAUGGUUCAUCCACCAUGCCCUUCACCUCCUCUCUCCUUCGGUGGAUUGGUGGGAAAUUGUGCUCAAAGAACUCUGUGAACAAUGGAGAUAGUGGCAGCGAUAGUCAUACUACUGUCGCCGCCGUACUGGAUGAUAAUCCGGUUAGCAGUGCGGUGGAGUGUUACGCCUGCACGCAGUAUGGCGUGCCGAUGUUUCAUUCCACAAGCUGCGAUGGAUUUCAUCAACCACAGUGGGAGGCCUCCGCUGGGUCCUCUCUAAUUCCGAUCCAGAACCGGCUGAAUAAGGUUUCGGGCUUUCGGGUCGCGUCCAGGUCGAACUCGGGACCGUUCGGGCGGGUUUUGGAUCCGAGGAGCAAGCGCGUGCAGGUGUGGAACCGCGCGUUGUUGCUGGCGCGUGGGGUGGCGCUGGCUAUCGACCCGCUGUUUUUCUACGCUCUGUCGAUCGGAAGAGAGGGGUCGCCGUGUCUGUACAUGGACGGAGGGUUGGCGGCGUUGGUGACGGUGGCACGCACGGGUGUGGACGCGGUGCAUUUGUUUCACGUGUGGCUGCAGUUCAGGCUGGCGUACGUGUCGAGAGAAUCGUUGGUGGUUGGGUGCGGGAAACUCGUGUGGGACGCACGCGCCAUCGCGUCGCAUUACCUGCGAUCCUUGAAGGGGUUCUGGUUCGACGCCUUCGUGAUCCUCCCCGUUCCGCAGGCUGUGUUUUGGUUAAUAGUGCCAAAAUUGAUAAGAGAAGAGAGAAUUAAAAUCAUUAUGACCAUAAUGCUAUUGAUUUUUUUGUUCCAAUUUCUCCCAAAGGUUUACCAUAGCAUCUGCAUGAUGAGAAGAAUGCAGAAAGUCACAGGCUACAUCUUUGGCACCAUUUGGUGGGGCUUUGGUCUAAAUCUCAUAGCUUAUUUCAUUGCAUCUCAUGUUGCUGGAGGAUGCUGGUAUGUCCUUGCAAUUCAACGUGUCGCGUCGUGCCUCCGGCAGCAGUGUGAAAGAACUCAUGGAUGCAAUCUCUCUGUGUCAUGCUCAGAGGAAGUAUGCUACCAGUUUUUGUUACCAGCAGGCACACCAGGAAAUCCAUGUGGUGGAAACUCCACUGUUGUUGUAAGGAAACCUUUGUGCUUAGAUGUUCAAGGACCUUUCAAAUAUGGGAUCUACCAAUGGGCUCUUCCAGUAAUAUCUAGCAACUCUUUGGCUGUCAAGAUUCUUUAUCCCAUUUUUUGGGGUUUGAUGACCCUCAGCACUUUCGGAAAUGAUCUUGAGCCAACAAGUAACUGGCUAGAAGUGAUUUUCAGCAUAUGCAUAGUACUCAGUGGACUAAUGCUUUUCACUUUGUUGAUUGGUAACAUCCAGGUAUUCUUACAUGCAGUCAUGGCAAAGAAGAGAAAGAUGCAGCUGAGAUGUCGUGACAUGGAGUGGUGGAUGCGGCGGAGGCAGUUGCCAUCCCGAUUAAGGCAAAGAGUUCGCCAUUUUGAACGUCAGAGAUGGGCAGCCAUGGGAGGAGAAGAUGAGAUGGAAAUGAUCAAAGACUUGCCUGAGGGACUGAGGAGGGACAUCAAGCGCUAUCUUUGCUUGGACCUCAUUAAAAAGGUACCAUUGUUCCACAACUUGGAUGAUCUUAUUCUUGACAACAUAUGUGACAGGGUGAAGCCAUUAGUCUUCUCUAAAGAUGAAAAGAUAAUUAGAGAAGGUGAUCCUGUACCAAGGAUGGUGUUCCUUGUCCGUGGCCGCAUAAAGCGCCACCAAAGUCUUAGCAAAGGCAUGGUUGCAUUAAGCAAUCUUGAACCAGGAGGAUUCUUAGGUGAUGAGCUACUUUCAUGGUGCCUUCGCCGGCCGUUUAUCGACCGGCUUCCGGCGUCGUCAGCCACAUUUGUAUGUCUUGAAUCAGUGGAAGCCUUUGGUCUUGAUGCUGAUCACUUGAGGUACAUCACUGAUCAUUUUCGGUACAAAUUUGCCAAUGAGAGGCUGAAGAGAACAGCAAGAUACUAUUCAUCAAAUUGGAGAACAUGGGCUGCUGUUAACAUUCAAUUUGCUUGGAGACGUUACAGGCAGAGGACUAGAGGUCCAGUGACUCCUGUAAGGGAACAUGGAGGCACUGAGCGCAGGCUCUUGCAAUAUGCUGCAAUGUUCAUGUCAAUAAGGCCACAUGACCAUCUUGAAUGAAAGCUAGUGUUCUGUGUCCAUGUUUUUGUUUCAAUUUUUAUUGGUUCCAUAUCCUCAAUAAAACUGUUUCUCUAGUCCUUUAGACCUUUUGAAAAUUGCUUUGGAAAGUCAUGGAACCGUUCAUGAAAUGUAUAAAAGAAAACAAGAUUGUGAGUAUGAGUAGUUGCGAAAUCAUUGAAAUUAGAAUUUAAUUUUUAUCCAUAAGUUUUUCUUCAAGAUUUGUUUUUGAGUUCAAUUAGAAUAUAUAAAAGUUCUUUAUACUGU